AGAUAGCGCUGCGAUUCAUAUAUAGCGGCUCGUUGGCGAAUCGUUUCGUGUCGUCGUCUCGAAGAAGCGUGUUCCAGAACCCGAGGGAAGGAGAGCGCUGUCUUUAAAUCUCUUCUCCCUCAGUCGCCUAGCUCAUCGGAAACCCUAGCGAGAUUAGACGCUGGAAACCUCGAGGAGGAACAGAGUCCAUGGAGGGAGGUGGCGCAGAAAAUGGCUUGGACGCUGGCAGGACGGCGAAGGAGGAUCUCCCUCCUUGCUGCAGGAAGGCCAGGGCUUCAGCUCCCGAGUCCGAGGCGAAGUGCCAUGACACCGUCGUGUCGGGGUGGUUCUCCAACCCACAGACCUCUGAUAAAGGUAGCAAGUUUAUGUACUUCAACAAUCCAAUGUGGCCUGGAGAGGCUCAUUCAUUGAAGGUGGAAAAGAUUCUUUAUCAGGGAAAAUCAGAAUUCCAGGAGAUUCUUGUUUUUGAGGUUCUGGUUAUCUUUUGCUGCAAAUAUAAAUACUAUCCUUUUUUCGCUGAAAUUAUUUUCGUAUUGUGUUUCUUAGCUAAUGACUUGUUGCCUAUUUUUCAGUCUUCACUAUACGGAAGAGUGCUCGUCCUUGAUGGCAUAGUCCAAUUAACUGAUAGGGAUGAAUGCGCCUACCAAGAGAUGAUUGCCCACCUUCCUCUCUGUUCAAUUCCUUCACCUAAAACUGUCUUGGUCAUCGGAGGUGGUGAUGGUGGUGUUUUGCGGGAAAUUGCUCGACACAGUUCCGUUGAGCACAUUGAUAUAUGUGAGAUUGACAAGUUGGUGAUAGAUGUUUGCAAACAGUUUUUUCCUGAUCUAUCUGUGGGCUUUGAGGAUCCUCGAGUUCGAUUGCAUGUUGAUGAUGCUGUUAAAUUUUUGCGAGAUGCUCCUGAAGGGAUGUAUGAUGCUAUCAUUGUUGAUUCUUCUGAUCCAAUAGGACCUGCUCGAGAACUAGUUGAAAAACCAUUCUUUGAGACUAUUGCAAGAGCCUUGAAGCCUGGCGGUGUUCUUUGUAACCAAGCAGAAAGUAUGUGGCUGCACACUCAUCUCAUUCAGGAAAUGCUCUCAAUUUGCCGUGAAACUUUCAAUUCUGUCCAUUAUGCUUGGGCAAGUGUUCCAACAUACCCUAGUGGCGUAAUUGGAUUUUUGUUGUGUUCAACAAAUGGCUCACCUGUGAAUUUCUUGAACCCUAUCAACCCAAUUGAAAAACAGGAAUCUCUUGGAUGCAAGAGGGAACUUAAAUUCUACAACACAGAGAUACACAAGGCUGCAUUUGCGUUGCCAUCAUUUGCAAAAAGGGAGUUGAGCGCCUUUCUGAGCACACAAGCACCGUUUAAUUAAGGCCGAGGAUGUUGAAGAUGCGCCACGGAGGAAGCACAGACGCUUAAAAGCUCUCUUUGUAAUGAAUAUUAAUCUGAAUAAGUGUUUGCCGUGAUAGAAUUGCUUAUAUGAAAGGCUUUUGUGGGAGCAAUAGUUGGUUAAUUUUUACAAAUUUGUGAGAACUUCUUUGAUGCUUGAUGGGUAGGGGGUGUAAUUGUGCUGAGUUAAUUAAUUAAACUUUGUUUAAAACCUAA